AUGGUCGGAACGUUCGCGCAUAUCGUCAAGAACACUGGCUUCACGGGUCUAUACAGCGGUCUGUCAGCCGCAAUGCUACGACAAAUUACAUACUCGACGACGCGAUUCGGCAUCUACGAGGAAUUAAAAUCGCACUUUGCGAAACCCACCGCAGACUCCCCAACUGGCUCACCGAGUCUCCUCACCUUGAUCGGCAUGGCCUCCGCCUCGGGCUUCAUUGGCGGUAUCGCAGGUAACCCUGCGGACGUGAUGAACGUGCGCAUGCAGUCGGACGCCGCACUUCCCCCGGCUCAGCGCCGCAACUAUCGUCAUGCAUUCCACGGCCUGGUGCAGAUGACCAAGACCGAGGGUUUCAGCUCUCUCUUCCGUGGCGUGUGGCCUAACUCCACCCGUGCUAUUCUCAUGACUGCCUCGCAGCUUGCUUCUUACGAUACAUUCAAGCGCAUGUGCAUUGAGAAGGCCGGUAUGGCCGACAACCUGGGCACGCACUUCACUGCUUCCUUCAUGGCUGGCUUCGUGGCUACCACUGUGUGCAGCCCCGUUGAUGUGAUCAAGACGCGCAUCAUGAGCGCAUCCCACACCGAGGGUGGUGGCCAGAGCAUCGUGAGUCUCCUUCGCGACAUUUGUCGCAAGGAGGGCCUUGGCUGGACUUUCCGCGGCUGGGUCCCUAGCUUCAUUCGCUUGGGUCCUCAUACCAUUGCCACUUUCUUGUUCCUCGAAGAGCACAAGAAGCUCUACCGCAAGCUGAAGGGCAUUUAA